GCCAAACACAAUUCAGAAGAGAAAGAAGUUUUAGUUUUCUCUCUCUCUCUCACACACACACACAUCGCAGCUGCUUCGUCUUGCAUCGAGUUUUUCAGCCAUGGCGGCUCUACAGUAUUUGGAAUCAGUUUGCAAUGCCCAUCCAGAACUCUCCGAUUGGUACACUACGCUAUCAGAUCUGUACCAAAGAAAGCUCUGGCACCAGCUUACUCUCAAGCUCGACCAGUUCGUUUCACUUCCCCUUUUUCAGGCUGGUGACACACUAAUACAGUUGUAUGACAACUUCAUCACUGAUUUUGAGACAAAGAUCAAUCUUCUCAAGCUUGCACAUUUUGCGGUCAUUGUUUCUCGGCAAUACCCUGAGAAAGAGGCUGCUAUAGGUUACCUUGAAGGAGUGGCUGAGAAACUUCGUAAUACUAAGGAGACACGGAUAAAGGAGCCGAUUCUUUUUAUUAAGAUGCAGAUUGCCCUGUUUAAGCUUGAGCAAGGGGAUCAAAAAGAAUGCCAGAAACUUUUAGAUGAAGGGAAGACUACACUUGACAGUAUGACUGACAUUGAUCCAUCUGUUUAUGCGAGCUAUUAUUGGGUUUCAUCUCAGUAUCAUAAAUCUCGCCAGGACUUUGCUGAGUUCUACAAGAGUUCUCUUCUUUAUCUUGCUUACACUUCAGUGGAAUCUCUUUCUGAAUCAUUUAAGCUGGAUUUGGCUUUCGAUUUGUCCCUGUCAGCAUUGCUGGGAGACAACAUAUACAACUUUGGAGAACUACUUGCUCAUCCAAUUAUACAGAGUCUGGUAGGGACUAAGGUUGAGUGGCUCUAUUAUAUUCUUGAAGCCUUUAACACCGGUGAUUUGGUUCGCUAUCAACAAUUAUGCCAUGUCCAUCAAGCUGCUUUGAGUGCCCAACCAGCAUUGGUGCAGAACGAGAAAAAGCUUCUCGAGAAGGUCAACAUUCUCUGCUUGAUGGAAAUUAUCUUCAGUCGCCCAGCAGACGAUAGAACUAUUCCUCUGAGUGUGAUUGCAGAGCGUACAAAGUUAAAUGUGGAGGAUGUAGAAUAUCUACUCAUGAAGAGCCUUUCUGUUCAUCUCAUUGAGGGAAUAAUUGAUCAAGUCGAAGGGACAGUUUAUGUCUCCUGGGUGCAACCAAGAGUUUUGGGAAUUCCCCAAAUCAAGUCAUUGAGGGAUCGGCUAGACAAUUGGGUGGAUAAAGUACACACGGCUUUGUUAUCUGUGGAGGCUGAAACUCCUGAUUUAGUUGCUACAUAAUCCUUGGUUUUCCCAGUUCCCUUUCAGGUCUCUGUAAUAGCCCCGCCACAUCUUUAUAUUUGUUUUGAUUCUGAAAAGAGCUGGUAAUACAGCUGAGAAACUAGGGACAGUGUUCUAGUACUCUUAGGCGUUUAUUUUUAUGUCCCAGUUUUAGCUUGAGAUAUUAUUGAUCUCAUUGAAUUUUUCCCUCAGAUAGCUGGUUGUUCUUGUAUUCGAUUACCAGAGUUCAUAGUGAUGACAUUCAAAAGGGAUAACUGGAGCCAAGUUGUGAAAUGGCUUAUUUUUACGACUGUUAGAAUUUUAUUAUUUCCUGGACCUUUUGCACUACAACUAAACAGAGCCAAUAGUAUGUGAUUAUAUAUUUCCUUUUC